GGCGGGGGAGGGGCCGCAGCGCUUUUCUCCGGAGGUCGCGCGCCCGAGAGCCCGCGCUGUCCACCGCCGCUGCCUGAGUCGACUCUGCGCCGCCCGCCGCGAUGGAGGCCGCCGCCCAGUUCUUCGUCGAGAGCCCGGACGUGGUCUAUGGCCCCGAGGCCAUCGAGGCGCAAUACGAGUACCGGACGACGCGCGUCAGCCGCGAGGGUGGCGUUCUCAAGGUGCACCCCACGUCCACGCGCUUCACCUUCCGGACCGCCCGGCAGGUGCCCCGGCUCGGGGUCAUGCUUGUCGGCUGGGGCGGGAACAACGGCUCCACACUCACCGCCGCGGUGCUGGCCAACCGACUGCGUCUGUCCUGGCCCACGCGCAGCGGCCGCAAGGAGGCCAACUACUACGGCUCGCUGACUCAGGCGGGCACCGUGAGCCUGGGCCUGGACGCCGAGGGCCAGGAGGUGUUCGUCCCCUUCAGCGCGCUGCUGCCCAUGGUGGCGCCCAACGACCUCGUGUUCGAUGGCUGGGACAUCUCGUCGCUGAACCUGGCCGAGGCGAUGCGGCGCGCGAAGGUGCUGGAUUGGGGGCUGCAGGAGCAACUGUGGCCGCACAUGGAGGCCCUGCGGCCCCGGCCUUCUGUUUACAUCCCCGAAUUCAUCGCGGCCAACCAGAGCGCGCGCGCGGACAACCUCAUCCCAGGCUCGCGUGCGCAGCAGCUGGAGCAGAUCCGCAGGGACAUCCGAGACUUCCGGUCUAGCGCGGGGCUGGACAAAGUCAUCGUGCUGUGGACGGCGAACACGGAGCGCUUCUGUGAGGUGAUUCCAGGCCUCAACGACACAGCCGAGAACCUGCUGCGUACCAUUGAGCUUGGUCUGGAGGUGUCGCCCUCCACGCUCUUCGCUGUGGCCAGCAUCCUGGAGGGCUGUGCCUUCCUCAAUGGGUCCCCGCAGAACACCCUGGUGCCUGGAGCCCUUGAGCUCGCGUGGCAGCGCCGGGUUUUUGUGGGCGGAGAUGACUUCAAGUCAGGCCAGACCAAAGUCAAGUCCGUGCUCGUGGACUUCCUCAUUGGCUCCGGCCUCAAGACCAUGUCCAUCGUGAGUUACAACCACCUGGGCAACAACGAUGGGGAGAACCUGUCGGCGCCAUUGCAGUUCCGCUCUAAGGAGGUGUCCAAGAGCAACGUGGUGGAUGACAUGGUGCAGAGCAACCCAGUGCUCUAUACACCCGGCGAGGAGCCUGACCACUGCGUGGUCAUCAAGUAUGUGCCGUACGUGGGAGACAGCAAGCGCGCGCUGGAUGAGUAUACCUCGGAGCUGAUGCUGGGCGGAACCAACACACUGGUGCUGCAUAACACGUGCGAGGACUCGCUGCUGGCCGCACCCAUCAUGCUGGACCUGGCGCUGCUGACUGAGCUGUGCCAGCGCGUGAGCUUCUGCACUGACAUGGACCCCGAGCCGCAGACCUUUCACCCCGUGCUGUCUCUGCUCAGCUUCCUCUUCAAGGCGCCACUGGUGCCGCCGGGCAGCCCGGUGGUCAAUGCGCUUUUCCGUCAGCGCAGCUGCAUCGAGAACAUCCUCAGGGCCUGCGUGGGGCUCCCGCCACAGAACCACAUGCUCCUGGAGCACAAGAUGGAGCGCCCAGGGCCCGGCCUCAAGCGAGUCGGACCCGUGGCUGCCACCUACCCUGUGUUGAACAAGAAAGGGCCGGUACCCACUACCACCAAUGGCUGCACCGGUGAUGCCAAUGGGCAUCAUCUGCAAGUGGAGGAGCCCCCGAUGCCCACCACCUGAGGCCCUGGUCACACAGUUUCCCGGUUCUUCCUCCCCGCUGCCCCCCAGGACCCUACCUUGAAGGCCCUCACAAAGACAAUAAAGGCGCUGCCACUUUUAGCCCUC